UAGGAGCGCUCAAAUCCUGUAGAUGGAAAUGACGUAAGGGUGAAAAGCAGCACAACUUUUUAAACAGUUCUCACAGGCAACACAGAGCGGGGGAGAACUACUGUAACGGGUCCGUGCAUUGGGAUGCGAUGCUCUUAACGAUAUAUGUCUGUAGGCCAACUGUACAACGGAUUUUAGAUUCUUUUUGGCAUUUCUGCGACCAAUGUGGAUAAUAUGUAAAGAGUCUGAUGUUAUAAUUUUAAACUUAAUAGACCGUCUAGUGUGUGGAAAAAUGUGGCACGUUGACAUGCGUGGUAGCUAGCUGUAACUGGCUAGCUCAUAAAACUCACAGAUUUUAGCCAAGAGUUGCAAAGGGACACGUUGCAAGAAUACAGCCCACGAGGACUUGAGAAGAAGGCAGUAUUUUACAAAACGGUGUUCUUCACUCUUUUGAAGGCAAUUUGAAAGAGGGUGCACCGUGCCAAUAUUUCUGUCAUGGUUUGUGGCUUGAAACUACUGCGCUUGAGACUCCUGCGUCAGUCUCUCAUUGCUCUAAUGGAUGCUAUUUUAGCCGACUUUAAAGUUAUUUCCAGUUGGGUAUCCAUAACCUGCUUAAAAUACUAGAUAAACGUGUCCUCUGUUCAUCUUACUUAAACUGGAAAGAGCAAGUCAACAACUUUACGCGGAGAGGACACUGAGUGAACUGGAUUGUCAGGCUAGUUAAGAAAAGAGUGUUGCCUACACUUAGUGUGUGUGUCCUAUGUGUUUUUAAAACUUAUUUAGUAAACUUUUCGGACAACUUUGAAAUGCAAAAAGAGAACCGUCUCAGAGAAUUACGGGCACACUGAUUACUUAACAAAGAGGAAAAGGACUAGAAGGAACAUUACUAAUAAAAAAUGAUUUCGGAGGAACGAAGCUCGCAUAUAUCCAAGCAAGCUCUGACAUUUCCAGUGGGCUUACUGAUCAAUUCGCCAAAAAGACGGCUCGCAAAUCUAGGAAGAAAGCCAAGCAAUGGGUCUCUCCAGUCUACCUCCUCCACUACUACCACCAGGUCAUCAGAGAGUGUGGGGGUCAGGCAGCCUGCGAAGAACAAAAUCCGUCGACACAACAACCGCCUUUCCACCGUCUUCAACCGAAGCCCACUUCUACGUGACAGCCGGCAGGACCAGGACCACAUGUCUGACGCAGGGGAUGUGUCGGCUUCAGAUGACCCUUCUGAGCUGUCUAAUCAAAUAUCUGCCCCAGGGAUCCUGAAGAUUUUUGGCAAUGACAUCUGCCAAGGAGCUAACUACAAGAGCGUUCUUGCCACCACACGCUCUAGCGCCAAGGAGCUAGUCAAAGAGGCUUUGGAGAGGUACUGUCUCGACAAGGCUGAAGCUGGUGCUUAUGUGCUUUGUGAUGUGAUUGGUCGCAUUGGGGAGGACCACCAGUGGACAAUGGAAUGUUUCCGAGUUGUGGGCGACAAUGAGAAGCCUCUCAUUCUGCAGUCACUAUGGAAACCCAAGGAAGGCUUUGCCCGGCGAUUUGAGAUCCAGAAGCGAGCUAGCGUGGAAGAGAAGAGUGCAAAGGAGCAGGACACGGUCACUGCAGGCAUCAAUGCCCAGGCACGCAAGCUGCAGAAGGGCCGCUCGCGAGUGACCUCGGUGUUCAUCGAGGGCAGCGGAGAGGCGGACGGCACCCUGGAUCUGUGGAGGAGCCUGAGUGAAAUGGACCUCUCUGUCAAGGCCAAGGAAGGCCAGCGGGGCCACAAGGCCCUACCACAGGAGGACCAGGAGGCUGAAGCUGACAAAGAGACCCACUGUCUGGGCCAUGAAAAAGAGGAGACGGAGAGCAGCGACGACAACGCCACACAGUACUCCAUUCACCCGCCCUUCGACUUCCCCUACUUCCUGCUGCUGCAGGGCUACAGUUACAGACAGGAUUUCGUGAUCUACCUGAUGAGCGGGAUGACCACCAUCUUUGGUCGAUGCAGCGAGCACUCCACAGGGGAGGACGUGGAGAGACUGAAAGUGGACAUACUGCUCUCUGCACCGGACGUCCUGCCCCAGCACUGCUGUGUGCGUCGCCUGGAGGCCCCUGCUCAGGCAGAAGGGAAGAGGACCGUCACCCUGCUCAAGCCCCUCCAUGGGGCCUCCGUCACGUGUAAUGGUGCCCCUCUGAAGGACGAGGCCGAGCUCCGCCCGGGUGAUCUGAUCGGGCUGGGCGACCACUACCUCUUCAUGUUCAAAGACCCCACUGCACCCGUCGCCUGCCAAAUGCCGCCCUGGCUGACCUGGUCGUCCCCACAACCAGCGGACCCCAUCUGUAAAAUGUGUGGGUCCUCCUCCCCGGAGACCAAGGUUCAGCCCCGGGUACGACAGAUGGCUGUGCCCUGCCUGAAGGACUCUGAAGGCCGCGAUCUUGUCCUUCUGUACAAGCUUGAACAUGAGGAUCGCAUCCUCACUGAGAUUAUUACCAUGGCCGAUCCCCAUGGAGACGACCACAAACUGACCCCAGCUCUCCUGAUAUGUUUGUGCAUCCAUCACUCAGCCACAUCUUUCCAGAUGUCAGACUUCCGUCGACUCCUGCUCCGGGUUGCCAGUCAGGUACAAAUGACCAUGUGGGAAAAGACCAAGGAACUCGCUGCAAUCCAACCGGAAAUGAGGUCCUGUGGAGGGCAGCAGGACCCAGAGGAGCUGCAGCUGCUGAGCAUAGAGGAGCUUGUCCCAGGCCUGCAGCCGCUGCUGCUGUGGAUGGCCAAUGCCAUCGAGUUGCUUCAUUUCAUCCAGCAGGAGGUGCCCCAGCUACUGCGCUGGAGUCCUGAGGAAGAGGAGGAGGGUCUGGAUUCACAUUUGUCCUCCACGCAGUCUGCCAGCGAGGAGGCAAUGACAGUCUUGGAGGAGGUGAUAAUGUUCACCUUCCAGCAGUCUGUUUACUACCUCACCAAAACCCUGUACAUGGCGCUGCCAGGCCUGUUGGACAGUAAUCCCUUCUCAGAGAAUGGUCAACUUCUGGUCCCAGAGGGUGUCAGGAGCAUCCUAGACAUCCUGAAGGAGACGCUGCGGCUGCUCACCUCCUUCCAGGUGCACACAGAGAUCGCCUCCCAGCUCUUCGCCUAUCUUUUCUUCUUCACCAACGCCUCGCUCUUCAACGCCCUCAUGGAGAGAGGUUCUGGAGGAGGCUUUUACCAGUGGUCCCGAGGGGUUCAGAUCCGGGCCAAUCUGGACCUUCUCAUGGACUGGACACAGAGUGUGGAACUGGGCGAUCUGGCGUCAGACUUCUUCCAAAAGCUCUCCUCAGCUGCCAACCUGCUAGCCACACCCAAGGAAAACCUACUGCAGGCCUCCUGGCGCUCUCUGAGGGAUGAGUUUGUGCAUCUGAACCCCGCUCAGCUGCACCACAUGCUGCGCGAAUACAACCCAGGAAGGGCCUGUCCUGCCAGCUGGAGCCCCACACCAGAGGAGGCCAGUGCGGCCUUGAGCACUUCUGAUAUCCUGGAAAGUUUCGACAACCAUCCUCCCCUCAUCCUGCCCAGCAAAAACUUCCAUCUCGAGCUGGGGAGGCCCGUCAAGGAUGCAAGUCUCUGUGCCCAGCUGGGCCGACUCCAGGAAUUUCUCCUGGGUUUGGAAGAGCCGGUUGCCAGCCCUGUGAUUCAGAAUUGUCACUCCAAGGCAGAGGAGGAAACUGCGUCAGAGGUCUUUCCUCCCUUUGUUGGGCGGCGGAGUUCAGAGGCUGCCAUGGAACCCAAGGUCACUGAUGUGGCAAUUGCCCCAGGAGAGGAAGAAGAGUCAGCGUCGCGAGGGGCGACUGCGGUCCCACCCUCUCAUGUCAGAAUGUCAUGCGGCACCAGUGGCGGUGACCUCAGCACCUGCAAGGCGGUUCUCACCCAAAAGCUGAAGAACCUGGAGCUUCAGAGCUCCCUGGCAGGAGAGCCAGGCCUCAGCUGCCACAAACGGCUGGCCCUGGACCCUUCCUGCCUGCUGACUCCGCCCAACACACCCCAAGGCCAGGAGCAGGCUGAGCUGGAAGUUGACGCACAGGAGGGCGCUGUCCGGCACGCCUUGACUGUCAGCCAGAACUCUGCGGGACGUGAGGGGAAAGGUGAGAGUUUGCCACCAGAAUCCAUUGAGGAGAGGAAUGGGAGUGAGGAAGAUGAGGAGGAAGAGGUGUUUGCUGUGGAGCUGCAGAGGGGACCCCAUGGACUAGGCAUGGCCCUGGUGGAUGGAAUGAAAACGCCGCUGAAAAUGAGCGGGAUUUACAUAAAGUCAGUGGUGCCGGACUCGCCUGCUGCCUUGUGCCAGAAGCUGAGCCUGGGGGACCGGAUUUUGGCUGUGAACGGUGUUAGCCUGGUGGGGAUGGACUACUACACUGGUAGGGAGCUCAUCCAGACUUCAGGGGGCAGUCUUCGGUUGUUGGUGGCUAAAUCAGAAUCGACUGGCAGGAGCUCAUUUACAUAAAUCCUGAGUGAACGGCAGCGAGUCUGAACUGCAGCUGCCUGCUCAGAACCAGCAAGUGCAGGAGGGGCGGUGCAUGGCACCACAUGAACUUGGCAUAUAUGAUACUUGGUGAUUUGCCAAGACUGUUGCAACUCAUUGAAGCACUUCUGUGCCAUAAGUCCUGAAAUUAGAGGACGUGCCCAUAUUAUUUCAACAAUUUUGAACCUUAAGAUAAAAAAAGGACAAGGUGGACACUUUUUGUGUUGCUGCCGUUUUCUGUUCUACUCGGAGCCAGUGACCUCUGAGGUACAGUUCUAAAGGCACUCUGGCAUGUUUUCUCUGAUGAUCAGCAUUCUGCAUUAGCAUUUUGCAGUUUUCAAAAAAAACUUUUGAUAUGCCUGUGGCUGCCAAAAAGUUGUGUGCCAAUUUGAUUUAUAUGGAUUAUCACUGGUAAUUAUUAUAAGACAUUAGUUAUGAUUAAAGAUUCAACCGUACAUAUAUGCCUACUAUAUGACUACAGCAAUGCCGCCAACACUCACCUGGAGCCGAUGGUGCCUGACUCACUCUGCUUACUGUACAUUCCCUACAAUCGAAAGAAACUGAACCCGAAAACAAUCCACGUUUGCUACAGCAUCAAGAAACGACUUAAGAAAUGCCCCUACAUCUUCUAUUUUAUGCUGCUAUUUCUACUUCAGAUUUUGUCUGACUUUUUCAGGAGAGGAAUGGGAAAUAAUCUGAAUCGGCCUAAGAGCCUCCUCAGUGCUUUGGUCUACCAGUUGCCAAGGUCUUGCAAAUUUGGUAUGUCAGUCUGGACUGCACAGCCUACUUUUUAAAACAUUGUUUAACAUAACUACAAUAUGCAAGUAUAUACAACAUGCAUUAUCUUUACUGUGUAAACAAUAUCAAAUAUAUUGUCUAUCCUUAUUUAAUAGGGAGGGUGCAUUAGGAAUUUAUAUCAGUGUAUUGGAGCAGAAUAUUAUGAAAUUACCAUUAAGGUUUGAGUAAGACCUUUACAAUAUUUCAUACUUACACAUUGACUUGGAGAGUCUUCUGUCAUAUAAAAACAGUGUACUAAAUCCAUGCUGUAUAUUUCCCCAUUUCCACAAUUCUUUCAACCUUACUGAUUUAAUCAAACCCAAAGCCAGGUUUUAUGCAUAGAAACAUGGCUCUCUGUUGUUACCAGUAAAACAGUGUUAUAUAAUCAAUUUAAAUGAAGGAAAAUGUGAUUUUUGUCACGGUUAUAUUUGUAUGUGUAUCAGAAGUACGUAUGUCAUAAAAGCAUUUCCUUUUUGAAGUUAACAGAAGAACAUGAUAACCUGAAUAAUAAUCCUCUGCAAUAAAAUUGAUGUUUUAAUAUUUA